CGCGCGCGGCGGCCGUGACGUCAGGCGCGGCCCUCCGGCAGCAUGGCGGCCGUGCCCGCGGCGGCCGGCCCGCGCUGACAUGGACCUCAAGGGCCAGUACUGGACGGACGAUGACUCCGACGGGGACAAUGAAUCCGAGGAGUUCCUCUAUGGCGUGCAGGGGACCUGUGCCGCCGACCUGUACCGGCACCCGCAGCUGGACGCCGACAUCGAGGCGGUGAAGGAGAUCUACAGCGAGAAUGCCGUGGCCGUCAGGGAGUAUGGGACCAUCGACGACGUGGACAUCGACCUCCAUGUGAACAUCAGCUUCCUCGAUGAGGAGGUGGCGACGGCCUGGAAGGUGCUGCGGACGGAGCCCAUCGUCCUCCGCCUGCGCUUCUCCCUCUCCCAGUACCUCGAUGGCCCCGAACCGUCCAUCGAGGUUUUCCAGCCGUCCAACAAGGAGGGCUUCGGGCUGGGUCUGCAGCUGAAGAAGAUCCUGGGCAUGUUCACAUCCCAGCAAUGGAAACAUCUCAGCAAUGAUUUCCUGAAGACCCAGCAGGAGAAGCGGCACAGUUGGUUCAAGACAAGCGGCACCAUCAAGAAGUUCCGUGCUGGUCUCAGCAUCUUCUCACCCAUCCCCAAGUCUCCCAGCUUCCCUGUUAUCCAAGAUUCGGUGCUGAAGGGCAAACUGGGCAUCCCUGAGCCUCGCGUGAACCGCCUGAUGAACCGCUCUGUGUCCUGCAUGGUGAAGAAUCCCAAGGUGGAAGUUUUUGGCUACCCACCCGCCAGCACCCAGGCAGGUGUUGCCCCCUUCAACAUCCUGGUCGGCGGCCACUGCAAGAACAUCCCCACGCUGGAGUACGGCUUCCUCGUGCAGAUCAUGAAGUACGCGGAGCAGCGGAUCCCGACGCUCAAUGAGUACUGCGUGGUGUGUGAUGAGCAGCACGUCUUCCAGAACGGCUCCAUGCUGAAGCCGGCCGUGUGCACCCGGGAGCUCUGCGUCUUCUCCUUCUACACCCUGGGUGUCAUGUCCGGUGCGGCCGAGGAGGUGGCCACGGGUGCUGAGGUGGUGGACCUGCUGGUGGCCAUGUGCCGCGCUGCCCUCGAGUCCCCUCGCAAGAGCAUCAUCUUUGAGCCUUACCCCUCCGUGGUGGACCCCAACGACCCCAAAACUCUGGCCUUCAACCCCAAGAAGAAGAACUACGAGCGGCUGCAGAAGGCUCUGGACAGUGUGAUGUCCAUCAGGGAGAUGACUCAGGGGUCCUACUUGGAGAUCAAGAAGCAGAUGGACAAGUUGGACCCCCUGGCACAUCCCCUCCUGCAGUGGAUAAUCUCCAGCAACAGAUCCCACAUUGUCAAGCUGCCUCUCAGCAGGCAGCUGAAGUUCAUGCACACCUCCCACCAGUUCCUCCUGCUCAGCAGCCCCCCGGCCAAGGAAGCCCGGUUCCGCACGGCCAAGAAACUCUACGGCAGCACCUUCGCUUUCCAUGGCUCUCACAUUGAGAACUGGCAUUCCAUCCUCCGCAAUGGGCUGGUCAACGCCUCCUACACCAAACUGCAGCUGCAUGGAGCAGCCUAUGGCAAGGGCAUCUAUCUGAGCCCCAUCUCCAGUAUUUCCUUUGGAUACUCAGGAAUGGGGAAAGGGCAGCACCGGAUGCCUUCGAAGGAUGAGCUGGUGCAGCGGUACAACCGGAUGAACACAAUCCCCCAGACCCGCUCUAUCCAGUCCCGCUUCCUCCAGAGCCGCAACCUGAACUGCAUCGCGCUUUGCGAAGUGAUCACCUCCAAGGACCUGCAGAAACAUGGCAACAUCUGGGUCUGCCCUGUCUCGGACCACGUCUGCACACGCUUCUUCUUUGUGUACGAAGAUGGCCAAGUGGGAGAUGCCAAUAUCAAUACUCAGGACCCCAAAAUCCAGAAGGAGAUCAUGCGUGUGAUCGGGACUCAGGUGUACACAAACUGAGUGGUGGCAGUGGAACCCUGGGAGCCCCGGGCACCGAGUGAGCCCCCGGGCAAGACUGGGCAGGGGCCGAGCAGGUUUUGAGCCCCCCGGGCAGGGCAGAGCCAGGGCAACACCUGCGGCUCCACCUGUACAUAGGCGUUGGGCACCCUGUGAGCACCAGGCAGGUUCAGUGGUCCCUUAUCCCCUCCCUGUCCCCUUCCCACUGUCCCUAACUCUGUGGCAGCCUGGAGAAGGAGCCGUGGGUCUGGCGUGGCUGGGGACGGCCCCUCCUGGCGUUGGCAGCGACGGCGUUUUUAUCAAUGAUACGAGAAACUGAAGCAAAAAAAAAAAAAAAACCAAACAACCAAAACAAACCCAAAAACAUAGGAAAAAAAAAAGAGAAAAGGAAUCGGUGUUUGUGGAUUGAACUUGGCAUUUAAGUGUGGGGUAUGGGAAGUGGAUGCUGGAGAAGGCAUGGGGGUACAGGGAUGGAAUGGGACUGUGAGGAAAGUCAAGUGGCACAAGGAAAGGGAUGGGAUCACAGGAAAGGGAUGGGACAGGGUCAUGGCAAAGGAGUGGGAUUCAAGGGAAGGGUGGGAGAUUGAGGGAGGAAUAGGGGCACAGGGAAGGGAUUAGAACCUGGAGAAGGGAUGGGGGCACAGGUAAGGGAUGGAAUAAUGAGAAAAGGAUAGGAUUGUGGAGAAGGAGCAGGAAACAAGGAAUGGUAUGUUGGGGAAGGGAUGGGAUUGAGGGGACAGGAUGGGACGGGAUGGUGGGGAAGUGCCAUAGAGAAUUGAUGCAGCUUUGGGAUAGGGCUGGGAGGGAACUACUCCCCCUGUGGAGUAGAAUAGAUGGUGCUGUGGAGGCAGAACACAACGGAAAAGGGAUUGUGCCUUAGGGAUGGGAACAUGGGACCCCACGUAGCAGCCCCCCUGGCAUCAGUGCUGCAGCAGAGAUUCAAGUGGGAAGGAACCUCCCAGGAAUAGCAUUUUGUUUCAGCCCAAGCCCAUCCCAGUAACUCCAUGGACACAGAGGCAGUGCCAGCACAGCUGCAUCCUGCUACACCCAAACCUGGAUGGAAACUCAGCAGAGAUAACCCAGAGGCUGCCAGGGCUCAGGGUGGGCAGAGGGGGCUGGGCACUGCUGGUCCCCACAGUCCAGGGGCUCUCCUGGUCAGUCACAGCAGCACAAGGCCACGAUUUCAGCCAGGAUUUACGAUGGAACUUAAGAACCGAUGUAAGAAUUAUCCUGGUUUUGGUACAGUCACCACCUGAGUCCUGACAUUCAGUCCUGGCAUGUCCCUGUCUUCUGUGCCCACUGGAUCCCAAAACUGUCCAUCCCCACUUGUCCCACACUGGCUGCUCCAUGUAUCCAAGGGUCACCCAAACCUGGGCAGGUCAUUCCCCUGGCCCUGCCACCUACCCCUUGGUGGGGGUGGUGCUUAAAUUUGUAGGGUUUGAUGUUUUUUCCUUUCCUCCAAUAAAAAAUAAGUCACUUUCCUGGGA